UUCUCCUUAUUUAAAUGCCAUUUCCACUUUAUUUUCUGUCUGUUUCAUGUUUAAAAAAAAAUCCUCAAGUUGUUUUACUGUUUCCCUUUCUCUUGUUAGUCAGUUGUUCUUUGUUUGUACAGAUGUUAAUAAAGUAAUUUUGUAUUUUAGACCCGAAAAUCUUAUAGCACAAAGUCAGUCAGGGACAGGCAAAACAGCUGCAUUUGUUCUAGCUAUGCUGAGCAGAACAGACCCAAAGAAGGAAUUUCCACAGUGCCUCUGCCUCUCUCCCACCUUUGAGCUGGCUGUUCAAAUUGGACGUGUGGUUGAGAAAAUGGGGAGAUACUGUGUCAACAUAAAGGUUAAUUAUGCUAUUCGAGGCAACAUAGUUCCAAGGGGGAGUCCAGUAAGAGAACAAAUAAUAAUUGGAACGCCAGGGACCCUGCUAGAUUGGUGUUUUAAGCUAAAGCUUUUUAAUAUGAAGAAGAUCAAAGUGUAUGUGCUGGAUGAAGCAGAUGUUAUGAUCGAUAAACAGAAUUUCUUGGAUCAGAGUGUUCGUAUCCAGAGAUCUUUAUCGUCAGAUUGCCAGCUGCUUCUCUUCUCGGCAACCUUCGAACCGCCGGUACUCAAGUUUGCCCAGCGCAUCAUCCCUGAGCCCAACAUCAUUACCCUCCGCCGGGAAGAGCUGACCCUCAGCAAUAUCAGGCAGUAUUACUUUGAGUGUGAGAAUAAGGAAGACAAAUUCAGAGCCCUGUGCAACCUCUACGGCAGCAUCACUAUCGGCCAGGCCAUCAUUUUCUGCCAGACUCGCUACAAUGCUAAAUGGCUGUACCACGCCCUAAAAACAGAUGGGCACCAAGUGUCCCUCCUGAUCGGGGAACUGACAGUUGAAAAGCGGGCAGAGGUGAUCCAGCAGUUCCGCGAUGGGAAAUACAAAGUUAUCAUCACAACCAACCUCUGCGCCAGAGGCAUUGACGUGAUGCAAGUCACCAUCGUGGUGAACUUUACCUUGCCUACAACAGUGUUCCAUGCGCCUGACUUUGAGACCUACCUCCACCGCAUCGGUCGAGCUGGCCGGUUUGGGAAGAACGGUCUGGCGUUCAAUAUGGUGGAGAGGCAAAACUUACCUCUUCUGUUCGAAAUCCAGGACCACUUCAAGAUCUUGAUCCAACGCCUGGAUCCAGAGGAUAUGGAAGCCCUGGAAAAAAUAGAAGACUGAAGCCUUAAUGAUUUUGUAGAAGACACUUUUUGCCCAGAUGUAUUUUGCUU